AUGACCUCGCGCCGCGUUUCCAAGGAGACGUCAAAAUACUUUGCUGCAACCGCGACCGCGACGCGCCGCUCAACCCGAGCUCCCCUCACGCGAUUCGCAUACAAAGAGGACUCGGACUCACCACCCAGCAGUGUUAAAUACGAGACCACGGAUUUGAUACUCGGCUCCGACAUUGAAGAUGCCAUCACAACCACCACAAACCCCAACCGACUGCGCCGGGCUAAGGCCCAGGCGCAGCGCAAGCGAAAACGGGAGCCGACCAGCCCGGUAACGACGACGACGACGACGACGACGACGACGACGACGCCAACAAAACCCAAGCCCGACCCGGAAGGGGAACAAGACGCAAAACCCCGCCGCGAGCGGAAACCAGCCCGCGCAAAGACGGACCCCUCGACCGGCACCACGACCGUGGAGCCCCCGUCGGACUGGGAGGAGAUGUACCGGCUCGUCAAGGAGAUGCGCAUCUCGGGGCCGGCCGCCAACGCGGCGGUCGACACGAUGGGCUGCGAGAGGCUGGCGUCCGAAGACGCCUCGCCGCGCGACAGGCGCUUCCACACCUUGAUCGCCCUCAUGCUGAGCUCGCAGACCAAGGACACGGUCAACGCGGUGGCCAUGGCGAGGCUGAAGAAGGAGCUGCCCCCAUUCGAAGAGGGCGCGCCGCCGGGACUGAACCUGGAGAACGUGUUGGCCGUGGAGCCGGCGCUUCUCAACGAGCUGAUUUGGCAGGUCGGCUUUCACAACAACAAGACCAAAUACAUCAAGCAAGCAGCCGUCAUUCUCCGCGACAAGUACAACUCAGACAUACCCGACACGAUCGCAGGCCUCACCUCGCUCCCGGGCGUUGGUCCCAAAAUGGCACACCUUUGCAUGUCGGCCCCGAACGGCUGGAACCGCGUCGAGGGCAUCGGUGUCGACGUGCACGUCCACCGCAUCACAAACCUGUGGGGUUGGAACAAGACCAACAACCCCGAGGCCACGCGCGCCGCGCUCGAGUCGUGGCUGCCCAGAGACCGCUGGCGCGAGAUCAACUGGCUGCUGGUUGGGCUGGGGCAGACGGUGUGCCUGCCCGUCGGCAGGAGGUGCGGCGACUGCGAGCUCGGCCUCAGGGGUCUCUGCCGCGCGGCGGAUCGGAAAAAGGUCAACGACGGUCUGAGGCGGAGGGAAGACGUCAAGGCGGAAAAGGAGGAGGAGGAACUGGCAGCGGUGGUGGAGAAGCAAGAGGUGCUCCUCAAACGUGAGGACGAAGAAAAUGUGGUUCCGAUCAAGGUCGAGACCGUCAAGGUGGAGCACACAAUCAAGGAGGAGCUUGUCGACGAGCCACCGUCAAUCACGGACUUUCAACCGCUUCAUGCAAGGACACAACGGCGGACAAGGAGGUUAUAG